UGUGAAAAGUGAGAAGACAAUGGCAAUGCUUAUUGGGUCAUUUGUUGGCUUACUGGUCAUAUUAUCAGGUUUCUUUUGUGAGGUAAAAGCAGCGCCUGCCUACUUUGUGUUUGGAGACUCACUGGUGGACAAUGGCAACAACAAUUACAUUGACACCACUGCCAGAGCCAACUUCUAUCCUUACGGAAUAGAUUAUCCCACUCACACACCCACAGGCCGAUUCUCUAAUGGACUCAAUUUAGCGGAUUUUAUAGGCAUGAAGCUGGGGGCAAAAUCUGUGCUACCAUAUUUGAAUCCUUCACUCACGGGAAAUGCACUGCUCAGCGGUGCUAAUUUCGCUUCUGCGGGCGUUGGGAUUCUAAACGACACUGGAGUGCAAUUUGCAAAUAUUAUCAAGAUGCCACAGCAGUUUCAGUAUUUUGUUGAAUAUAAAAACAAAGUGGCGAAGAUGCUUGGCGUUAAGGCAACUAACAAACUUGUUGCGGAGGGUCUUAUGUCGAUUACUCUUGGAGGAAAUGAUUACGUCAAUAACUACUACCUCCUUCCUGUCUCACAGAGGUCCAUUCAAUAUACAUUACCGAAUUACACUCAGUUUAUAAUCUCAGAAUAUGAGAAAUAUCUCAGGCGAUUGUACAACUUGGGAGGAAGAAGAGUGCUGGUAACAUCAACAGGGCCAUUGGGGUGUGUUCCUGGAGUGAAGGCCACCCGGUCUGAAAAAGGCGAAUGUGUUGCAGAACUACAGAAUGCUGCUUUGCUCUUUAACUCACAGCUUGAAUCUGUUAUAAAUCGACUCAACAAUGACUAUUCUGCUCAGGUUUUCACCUAUGCCGACAGCUACUCAAUGAACAUGGGCUUGUUCAAUAAUCCUGCAGCAUACGGAUUUGUGGAUACUGCUAAUGCAUGUUGCGGGCAAGGAAGUUACAAUGGAGUCGGCCGCUGCACUGAGAUUUCAAGUCUGUGUAAUGACAGAGAUAAAUAUUUGUACUGGGAUAAUUACCACCCCUCUGAGAAGGCCAACCGAAUCAUUGUAGACGAGAUUUAUAACGGCUCAUCUUCUGUUAUGAGCCCUCUUAACCUCAGACAGAUGAUGAAACUAGAUGACUGACUAUUUCCGAGUUGUAAGACCGGGCAGAUCAAUAAUCCAUGGACUACUUCUCAUUUAGUUUCAACUCUAAUGUCCCCAGUAUUUAUAACUUACCUUUAUAAAUAAAACUUAUGUAGCAAAAUGUUCAGUGCGAGUAUUACAGAAUGUGAAAAUGCUCAUCCUAUAUAGCUCUGAUAAAAUACCUUAUUCGUUGGUCUGUACCAUCCGAAGUUCAAUCUGUGUACUUUUAUAUCCAUCCAGUGAACUCCAAACUGUUAUAUCCAAAAUUGAGAUCAACGAUGGAAAACUAUUGCAAUAAGAAUCUUUCAAUAGUUCCAUUGAAGUAUAAAUGUUGUUAUAAGAAUCUUUCAAUAGUUCCAUUGAAGUAUAAAUGUUGUUAAAUCGCAAUUAUUAAUUGAGCUUAGGCUUUCAAUUUAA